AUGAAUAUUUUGAUAUUGAUUUAAUUAUUUGCCAAUGUAUUAAAUUAUCAUAAAUACCUAUAUAGAAUGUGCAUUUUAGUGUGCCACUUGUCAUCUGGAUGCUUUAAAUUGUAAAGCUUGUAGAGGUAAUCGAAUUCAAGAACCUUAUUGUAUCUGUUUAUAUGGAUAUUUUGAUGAUUAGUUCAAUAACAAUUAUUAAAAAUGUGAUGGGACUUGUUUAGAAUGCAAUAUUAGCGGUUGCCUAUCUUGCUAUGGGAAUAGAUUGCUACAUGAUGAAAAUGAUUGUACUCCUCCAACAAACUCAAUUUCUUAUGACAUUUUCCCAACCAAUGCAAGAGGUAGGGUAGAGAAAUUAUUUAUUAUAUACAAUAAUUUAAAUUAGUUUCAAAGCAAGUAGAACAACUUGA